AUGGCAGAUGAGAAUAAGCUCACACCGGCCCAGACGGUGCUUUCGACAUGCGAGCUCAUCGGCAUGAUUCUCAACAGCCUCAACGAGAUCUACGCCAUUGAUGCCUUUGGUGAGAGAUGCAAGAAUAACCCACCCUCAUGGUACUCGAUGCUCGCAAAAUAUGGGCGCAUCAAUAGCUAUUGGUUCAACGAAGCCAUGCGCCUCCUAUGGCCAGACGGCACGGCAAUCAAGCACCGCUCAAUCGUCCUUCUGCUAGCCAAGGCCAUCCCCAGUCGCCGACAAUACUACGCAAGCUUCAUCAAAAGCAGCUGCUUGAUCGACGUCUGUAAAGACAAUAUCAGAAAGAACAACAAAAUCCUUUGCGGGAUUGUCUUCCCUAAGCUUCAGUACCUAGCUCUGAUCAUUCAGCAACGAUACAGACAGAAACUUUGGAUUCCGAAGAUCUGUGCCCCAAUCCUCGAGGCUCUGCACGUCCGCCUUGCUUCUUUGAUGUGGUCUAACGGGGACACAGAGGUCAGCGUGACCUUUGUCCAACGACGUUGGAGAGGAACGACGCUUCAUUUGAACGUCGUAAUGGGGUUGAUCCAUCGAAUUCAGGUCUGUUGCACCUUCUGCUUGGUAAGAAAGAGAUCUAACUUGCCAGACUAA